UCCGUUGUCGUCAAUUUUUUUUCUUUUCUUUUCUUUUUAAUCACAAUCUAAUCCUAAAUGAGAGAGAGAUGACUUCGUCUACUAGGUCCUCCUCUCUCGCACAUGCGCAAGCAGUUCGGCUGAUGCACGCUGCUCUGGUGAGUCUUCUUCUUCCUGGUCUUGUGAGUUCUUCUUCGUCUUCUUCUUCUUCAGCCUCCUCCCCCUCCUUCUCCUCCUCCUCCUCCUCCUCUUCCUCUCCCUCUCCGUCUCCCCCCUCCUUCUCCUCCUCCUCCUCAUCAUCAUCGUCGUCUUUCUCUAGGAGUGAUGAAGAGGCGAUCGAACGGUUCCGACAGUACCUGAGGGUUCGCACGGAUCACCCCAGUCCAGAUUACGAAGCGGCGGCCGACUAUCUUCUGUCGCAGGCGCGGGAGAUUGGGCUCGGCGCGCAACGAAUCGAGCUUGUUCGGGGCAAGCCGAUCAUCCUGAUGACGUGGCAGGGACGGGAUCCCGAUCUGCCGGCCUUGCUGCUCAACUCGCACAUGGAUGUGGUCGCGGCGGAGAGGGACAAGUGGAUGUACGACCCUUUUGCGGCUGUACGGACGCCACGUGGCGACAUCUACGCGCGCGGAGCACAUGAUACGAAAUGCGUAGCCAUUCAGCAUCUCGAAGCGAUCCGACGGCUCAGAUUUGGAGAUGCAACGCCAGCGAACAGGGAGGGAGGGGAAGAAGGAGAGAGAGUAGGAGGAGAGAGAGUAGGAGAGAAGAGAGUAGGAGAGGAGAGAGCAGGAGUAGAGAGAGUAGGAGAGGAGAGAGUAGGAGUAGAGAGAGUAGGAGUAGGAGGAGGUGGGAAGGGAUACAUACCUCUGAGAACUGUUCACGUGUCUUUUGUGCCCGAUGAAGAGAUAGGGGGCAAGGACGGCAUGGAGAGGCUGGUGGCAUGGGAGGGAUUUCGGGAACUGAAUGUGGGUUUUGCCCUUGAUGAGGGCAAGAUGUCAGAGGGGUCUAAAUAUAGGGUAUUAUGCGGCGAAAGGUUGCCUUUCGCCGUCAUGCUAAAAGCAACAGGGUCUCCUGAUGACCCCCCUCCCGACCAUUCGUACGGCCACGGAGACAGCGGUGUGGAGCGGCUCAUAAAUUCGUUGACGUCAAUCAUGGAGUUCCGACGGUCGCAGUUCGAUCUGGUGAAGUCCGGGAGAGCAAAUUUGACCGACGUCGUCUCGGUUAACGUCAAUUUCCUGAAAUUUGGCGCGCAGCAUAGUACGACCGACUCCUCCUCAACAACGGGAGGAGGAGGAGGAGGAGGAGGAGGCAUUCGACAACGUCUGGGGCCGUGCACGGGCGCUGCGCGGGAUCCUCAUCCCCGCUCAUCAUCCGACGUGGAGAUCGGAUCGGGAUCGCAUUCUGUGUGUUGUAGUGCUCGUCCACAUGCAGCAGCAGCAGCAGCAGCGAUCCCGAUCCCGAUCCGAGCAGAAGCAGCGGUGGCCGCGAUCCCGAUCCAAUCAGAAGCAGCGGCAGCAGCGAUCCCGAUCCAAUCAGAAGCAGCAGCAGAAGAUGGAGAAGACGCUACGGGUUUGAUGGACAUGAAGCUUCUUCUCUCGACGCCGAUCCCGAUCCCGAUCCCAGCCACAUCCGAUUGCAAUGUGGAAUCGCUUUCACAUUCGACAAAAAUGGAAGAAGAGGGAUCGGAUGUCGCGAUCAACAUGAAAAAGGCACUUCAAGAGACGGAGACGGCUAUGGCGGCGGCGGACGUUCAAUCAUGUGCGCAUUUUGUGAGAGCAGAUGAAGACGAAAUCAGAACGGACGCAGGUCAGCAAGCUGCGGUCAUGGCGGCGGAUUGCGGGAACUUGUGCUCGGAUUCAACAGAAAAUGCAAAAGUAGGAGUAGGAGUAGUAGGAGGAGGAGCAGGAGGAGGAGGGAGAGAGGGAGGAGAGGAAGAAGAAGCCAUAGCCGGGAUCGACUUCAGAUUACCGGCUAUGGCGGAUGCAGAGGCAUUUGUGAAACGAUUGGAAGAGGAAUGGGCUCCUCGGAGCAUGAGUGACAAAAGGGGGGACUCGAACGCAAAUGUCAUUCAAAAGGGUUAUGAGGUUCUUUGGAAGCGGCCAUCGCCAUCAAUGGGUGCUAAGGACGAAGGCGGGAAACCGAAAGUCGGUUCCCGGGUGAUGACGAUGAUGAUUACACCGACCAAUCAAUCAAAUCCGUACUGGAUGGUUUUCAAGAAAGCAGUGGAGAAGACGGGGGUUGAGCUGUCUGAACCCGAAAUUUCGCCGGCUGCUACGGACGCGAGCUUCCUCCGUGCGACGGGACUUCUCGCCCUGGGUUUCACACCUGUGCGACACACCCCCACCCUCGCCCAUGCACACAAUGAGUACGUAAAUGACAAGGAUUUCGUGGAGGGGAUCUCUGCGUUCGUCCACGUCAUCCGAGACAUAAGCAGCAUGGCGUAGUCACCACGCUAUUAUGUUAUGAUGACUUCCGGCCACGUAUGUGGAUCGAAUCAUGGCCAGAUUCGGCGGGAAUUUUGAAUCGCUUUCACGCGCGCUCAGCGUCUCCCAUGCGCACAAAAUUGAGUGUACGUAAACGACAAGAAUUUCGUGGAGAGGGGAUUUCCGCGUACGUCCAUGUCAUCCGAGACAUAAGCAGGAUCAUGAUGAUGGUAGGUAGGUAGUGAAAGGUGAAAUUGAGAGAUAGAAUAUAAAGCUUAGUUGGUCGAAAGAAAAAAAAAAGGACGUAGCCGAUCCUUGCAUGCAUGCACACGUACGUAAGCACAUGCUCG